GAAGAAAGUGGACAGCAAGCAUAGCAGCGCAUGGAGAGCAGCUGUUGGGUGGGUAAUUAAAGACAGAGGUAUUGUAAUUUGGGCAAAAGUCCAGUUUUUGCUACCUCACCCUGUCAAGCUGAGGCUAAAGCGACAUAAAUGGCUUUACAAAGCUCGAGUUUAGAAAGGGACAAUGUUGUGAUGCUUACUGAUUCUAUGGAGUUGGCCCAAGCAGUCUCGGAUAGCACCAGAGCAAGAAGGGAGAUCAAGCAAAUUUUGGAGGAAUUAAAGGAAUGUGCUCUUUCUCUCCAAAGUUUUGUAAUUAGGAAAGUAAAUAGAAGUAGAGUCUUUGAAGCCCAUAAACUUGCAGUGGCAGCAAGAAAGGGCAUAUAAGUCUUUUCUUGUUUUCUUGUUCGUUAAAAAAAAAAAAAAAAAAAAAAAAAAAAAAAAAAAAAUUAUACACAACUAAUUUUACAUACGAAGUAGCAAUUUUUUCACCUCUCAUUAAUACGGAGUAAUUUAUUACUCUGUUACUGUUCAGUAUGAAAAUCCACCGUUCUCAUGAAAUGAAGCCGAAAUGCAAUUGAAAUUCAAAAGCUACACCUCCCUCUUUGGCUCUUUCGGCCUUUCCCAUGUUUUCCUCUUAUAAUUCAUUAACUCUUUCUCUCUCCUCCAUUGAAGCGUACUCCGAGUUUUCCAUUGAAGCAUUCUCUGAGUUUUCUCUCCUCCAUUGAAGCCGAGAAAAAAAUGGAUAUGAUUGGAACAGUGUUAUCAGCUGCUCAAACACUGCUUGCGUCGCUGCAGUGUUCAGAGCUCCAAGAGAUCCUUUCAAUCUUUGGCUACAAAUCCCAGCUUGAUGAUCUCCGACGCACCGUCUCUGCUGUCAAUGCUGUGCUUCUUGAUGCAGAGGCCAAGCAGGAGCUCUCCCAUGAAGCACAGUAUAAGCUCCAGGAGCUCAAGGACGCCGUCUUUGAAGCAGAUGAUCUGCUGGACGAGUUUGUUUCUCUUGCUCAGCAGAAGCAACUUUUGGAGGCUGGUGGUAGUCUCGCUAAAAAGGUGUGUCACUUCUUUUCUGAUAACCCGCUAGGUGUUGCUUACAGAAUGUCUAGAGGGGUUAAGAAAAUCAGGAAGAAAUUGGAUGCUAUUGCUUAUAACACUCAGUUUAGCUUGAAGCAUGAUCCCGAGCCUAUCCGGAGGAGAAGGCCUGAGACCUGUUCUUAUGUGGAUUCUGGUGAUAUCAUUGGAAGAAAUGAUGACUUGGAGAAGAUUGUUGGUAUGAUGCUCGAUUCCAAUGUGCAACGCGAUGUAUCUUUUCUCACGAUUGUGGGAAUUGGAGGGUUGGGCAAAACAACCCUUGCUCAGCUUGUGCAUAACGAUCCAAGGAUUACAAGUGCAUUUCCAUUGAGGUUGUGGACUUGUGUCUCUGAUCAAGAUCAGAAGCAACUUGAUGUAAAAGAUAUUCUUUAUAAGAUUUUGGCUUCAGCAGCUCACAAGCCUCAGAAGGACUCCACCAUGGAUCAGGUACAAAAGCAGCUACGCAAUCAACUAGCAGGCAAAAAAUACUUGCUUGUUUUAGACGAUGUAUGGUCUGAGAAGUGUGAUCAGUGGCGUGACCUGGAAAGAUUCUUAAUCGGAGGUCAAAAAGGAUGCUGGAUUUUAGUGACAACACGUUCACUAGCGACCGCAAAAAUUAUAGGAGACGGUCUUACAUACAAGCUCCAAGGCUUGUCAGAUGUGAAUUCUUGGUGUUUGUUUGAAAGAGUGGCUUUUGGAUUGCAAUCGUCUAACCCUCCUGACGACUUGGUUAAGAUAGGGGAAGAGAUUGUAAAAGGAUGUGCUCGAGUCCCUCUUGCUAUAAGAGUGAUAGGAAGUCUCUUAUAUGGUCAAGACAAGAGUAAGUGGCUAUCAGUUGUGCAAAUUCCAUUAGCCAACCUCAGAGAGAGCCACAAUGACAUCAUGCCUAUAUUGAAGCUAAGUUAUCACAAUCUCGAGUCUCCACUGAAGAGUUGUUUCAGCUAUUGUGCGUUGUUUCCCAAGGAUUAUCGGAUAGAAAAGGAGAUGCUAAUAAGCCUUUGGAUGGCACAAGGCUAUAUCGUCCCUUUAGAUGAAGGACAAAGUAUAGAAGGUGCUGCUGAGGAAUAUUUGUCAAUUUUGUUGCGAAGAUGCUUUUUUCAAGACAUAGUAAGACAUGUGAUUUAUGGUGAUAUUGUGAGUUUUAAGAUACACGAUCUCAUGCACGAUGUUGCUCAAACAGUUACCAAACAGGAAAUUUAUGCAACAGAUAACUUAGAGGGCAACUUGGAUGAUAAAGUUUGCCAUCUGUCUGUCAAAAACAAAGUUGCAAGAUGUUCAUUAUACAAGUCCCAUAUUCGAACAUUUCUUUUAUUUGGUCGCAGGGAAGUUGUUAGAUUGGAUCAGUUCUUCGUAGAGGCACAAAUAGCUAAUUGCAUUCGCCUCAGGGUAUUGGAUUUGUCUUGUAUAAGAAUCAAAACAUUGCCAGAAUCAAUAGGUGAACUGUUGCAUUUGAGGUAUUUAGAUCUCUCGUUGAACCGUCUAGAAGUGCUUCCGAAGUCGAUUACAAAACUAUGUAAUUUACAAACGUUAAAGUUAAGUGAUUGCAUUGAAUUGAAAGAGUUGCCAAAAGAUUUGAGCAAGCUGGUGAAGCUGAGGACUUUGUUUACAGAUUUUUGCCUGAAUAUGACAUGUUUUCCCAAGGGGAUGGGUAAGUUGAAUUGUCUUCACACACUAAGUGAUUUUAUUGUGGGUGGUGUAGGGAGUUAUUCAACUACAAGGCAAUGGUUAGAUGGACUGGAAGAUCUAAAGGCUAUGAACAACCUCAAAGGCCGUCUUGAUAUUUGCUUUAAGUGGCCUAAAAAUGUCGUUAAGGUAGACGACAUCAGUACUGAAGGACAUUAUCUAAGAAGUAAGGAACAUCUCAAGGGCCUUAUGUUUCAUUUCUGUCACCAAGAGAUAGAUGAAGGUGUGGGUACCGAGGAAGCAAGAAGAUUUAUGGAAGAGCUGCAACCACAUUUGAAUCUCAAGGUAUUAAGCGUACGGGGGUACCGUGGUGUGAGAAUGCCUGGUUGGACAACCCUUCUCCCAAAUCUUGUAUCUAUUUGUCUUGAGGAUUGCACGGAGUUGGAGUACCUGCCAUGUUUGGGAACUUUGCAGCAUCUCAAAUUCCUGAGUAUUGUAAGUUUGCCUAAGUUGGAGUACAUAGAAAUUAGUCAAUUAGCUUUUAGUUCCACGUCUGAAUCAGAAUGUGCUCAAGGAGUAACAAUCUUUCCCUCCUUGGAAAACCUUGAUUUGUGGUAUUUGCCGAAGUUUAAAGGAUGGAGAGAUAACAUAAAUUUGCAAUUAUGUCUCUCUCACUUGUAUAUAAAAUAUUGCCCAGAAUUGACAUGUAUUCCGCUAUGUCUCAAAGUGGAUGAUCUAUUGUUAAGAAGCUUCAAUAAAAGACUGAAAAUAUUACAAACAAGGGGUGGAAAAAUAGGAGAGGUUCCUCCCUCAUCAUCAGUAUUCUCUGGUGAUAAGUUGUCGCGGUCGUUGUUUGAUACUGAAAAUUCGAGUAAAAGUAGUAGUAUUCCAACUCCUAUGUUAAGGUAUGUGAAAAUAGACAAUGCGGUGUGGUUAAAUUCUCUGCCUAUGGUGACUUUGCAGAGCCUUGAAAGAUUAAAUCUUGAGAAAGAUGGGGGGGACAUGGAGAGCUUAAAAGAAGUAGAAGAGGUGUUUCACAACUGCUCCUCUUCUCUGCAAAUCUUGAAAUUUAAGAAAUCUGUCAAACUGAGGAGUGUUUGUGGAGGAUUAGAGCAUCUCACUGCCUUAAAGAAGUUAGUGAUACGGAACUGUCCAAAUGUGAGGCUAUCAGAAGAGACAGAGGAUGGCAGGCCAUGGCGAUCCCUUCAUCACUCCCUCUGCGACCUGAGAUUUUAUGAUCUCCCACAGCUAGUGAAUCUGCCUGAUUGGAUGCAAUCCUUGGCUUCCCUCAAAUACCUUUAUAUUCGUGAUUGCAAAAGACUAGAAUCAUUACCGAAUUGGAUGCCCAAACUCACCUCACUAAAACAACUUGAGCUCUUGAAUUGUUCAGAUAGCCUGAAGAGUAGAUGUCAAAAGGAUCCUCCCGGGGAGGAUUGGCCCUACAUUAAACACAUCCCCAUCAUUAAUUUUCGAAAGAAUUUUUUUUUCAUGACUUGUAAGUGCUGCUUCUCUAUAAUCAUUGUUAUUUUAUAAACAGGUAGCUAACAAGUAAAUACUACUGUUCCCUGCAAUACACUUGAUAUAUAUCAUACUUCUUCCAUUCUAUAAUUAUAUUUUCUAGCAUUAUCCUUUUAUUUAACUCAUAGCAUUGCUGCUCUUUCUAGAUGGGUCUUGUGCUGAUUUGUUAAAAGUUUUUUCAGUUUGGAGUUAUAUGAUCAUUAAUCAAUUGGAAAUUGCUCCGGUUUUAAGUUUGCUUUAGGUUUUUCGCUAACAGUAAUUCUACUUUAAAUGGUGCUACUUUUGUUGCACAUUUCCAGAAAAUCAAGGAUGAAAAUUGAAAUUCCAUUACUAUUAUAAACAUGGUUUGCAAAUGAGGUUCUGCUCUUGAAAUGCCAUAUACUGAUACAUUUUCAAUUUUCAGUUUCAGUAUGCUGUAGUUGACUGUAUGUAGGAUGUUCACUAGUAUUGUACACUGUGCAGGUACUAGAGGGAUUUAGAAAUAAGCUGGCAACUGUUGAAGUGUUGCUGAUAAACAAGAGCUGCUACAAUGGCAUCAAGGCUAGUUUGAUAAAGAAUAUCAGAAUAUACACAUUGUAUUCUCUUUGUAAGUUUAAGAUAUACUUCAUGUUUUGUAAAAGAAUUUUUUACAACUUGUUAGUUUCCUAAUAUACGCCGUAAUUAGAACUCUUGUUGUAAUAUAUAUUGAUUAAUGGAAAUUACUCAAAUCACGAGGUUUUCCAUUAUUAAACUCUUUGAAAAUCUCCACCAAGAGAAGCAUACAAGCUAUGUUCAAACUAAACAUUACUAAUACUACU